CAAAAGUCUACGCAAAAGCUAUCAUGUCGCCAUUGAUUCUCUGACGGUGUAUCGGGCCCUCUUAUUUUUUGAGACAUCAGCGCGGCCAGGAACAAACAUCAUGCCUGCGUCUCAGCUGAAGCAGUUGAAGGCAUCGCUGCGAGAGCAAGGCCUUGUUGGCCCGCAGAAGUCGAAAAAGCAGAAAAAGCAGGGCAUAAGCGCAGCACAGCGCAAGCAACGCGAAGCAGCGCUUAAUAGCAUCCGAGAUGCUUUUAAACCGUUUGAUGUUAAAGUGGCUAGUCGUCCGAACAAGCGUGAUGUCACCACGCCGCAGACCAUGAAGACGGCCGGCAAAGGUCCAGCACAAGUAUAUGGCCGGCCAGGAGUGACGAAGAGUCAGGGAGAAGAGCUGCGAAGGAAGUCGCUACUCCUAGAGCUCCAGAGGCGAAACAAAGUUGGUGGGAUCACGGAUCGGCGUAUUGGCGAGGAGGAUCCAAACAUGACCCCGGAGGAGAAGAUGCAGCAGAGAUUUGCAAGGGAGCAGGAAAGAAAGAGCAAGAAGCAUGCAUUGUUUGAUCUUGAAAUGGAAGAAGCGGAAGAAGAGGACUUGCUUACACAUGGUGGGCGCGCUCUAGGCUUUGAUGAGGACGACUUCGACGCUGGCAGUCUCGUUGAUGGGAGCGACGAUGAGGAUGAUAAUGCAGGUGGGCUUCUUAAGCGGAAAAGAGAGGCCGCAGAGGAGAUGCUGGCUGCCGUAGAGGCAGAGCCAGAAAGAAAGAAGAGCAAGAAAGAGGUUAUGAAAGAGAUUAUCGCGAAGUCAAAGCUACACAAGUACGAGAGGCAGCAAGCCAAAGAGGACGACGAGGAAGCAAGAGAGGCUCUAGACAAAGGUAUCGGUGAUCUAAGAGCCGCUCUGUUUGGAUUCCAGAGCUCACUUGAAAAACGAAAGGCUGCUCUUGCUGCUGCUACGGCGUCAACGGACGGAUCGAAUGGGCAGCAAGAAAAGCAUAUUGGAGGUGUCGAUCCUGGGCGUGCUGCUCUUAUGGAAGCAAAGCUUGAUCCAGACAAGGACUAUGAUAUUCAAAUCAAAAAACUCGCACAAGAUACGCGAGCACGAGUAACGGACCGUACGAAAACCGAAGAGGAGUUGACGGCCGCCGCUGCUGAAAAGCAGAAGGCAUUAGAAGAAAGCCGGCUACGUCGUAUGAAGGGUGAGGAGGACGAAGAAAGUGAUGAGGAGAUCGAUUCUCGUGAUGUCGGGCCGGAUGGCGAAGUCUACCAGGUCGGUGUCGACGAUGCCGAGGCCUUCGGCUUGAAGAGCCACGUCAUGGAACGACCGCCAGGUUUUGAGGACGAGGAUGAGUUCAUCAUUGACGAGGAUCUUGUCGCGAGCGGUUCAGAAAUUGACGAAGAAGCACUUGAUGCCGAGAGCAUCAGCGACAGCUCGGAAGACGAAAUGCUCAAGGACGGAGACGAGGAUGCGGAGACGCCGAAUGUGUCGUCGACGGGGGCAAAUCAGGUCGCCGUCUCCACGAGCCGGGUCACAAGCUGCCCCGAGACAUAUGACGAUAUCGUCGGACUGCUGGAGCGAGAAAAAGCUGAGAGCGCGAACACUCUGAUUCGAAAAGUGCGCUUGAAGUACGAUGCGGCCUUAAGUUCGUCAAACAGGGAAAAGUUGGAGGCGUUCGCAACGGCUCUGGUCGUUUAUCUUGGUCGUAGACCAAACGAGUCUUCACCUCCAGGCCUGGAAACAUUUGAGGCCAUCGCUCGACACUUGCAGUCUAUGUCGCGAACCUCACCAGAUGCGAUCGGCAAGGCCUUCCGAUUGCAUCUUGAACAGAUGCACCAGCAACAAACUAUGGAGGCUGGGGAUCUCAUGGUGCUGACAGCUAUCGGCACCAUCUACCCAACAUCAGAUCACUUCCACCAGGUAGUGACGCCAGCGAUGACGCUCAUCGCACGCUGGCUUGGUCUCACCAGGCCUAGCUCGGCGAAGGAAUUCGCCACGGGCGCGUACCUGACGACGCUGGCUCUAAAGUACCAGUCCUUCUCCAGACGCUACGUGCCCGAAGUUGUUCGCUUCAUAGCCUUCGCAUUGCAAGCCAACCCUCCAGACUCAGUCCGCAAGACGCUCUACAGCAACGUGCGCACGCUCGCCAACCUGUGGUCGAACCACAGCGCAUUCAUCGAAGUCGUCGAACCGCUCAUGGCACCCCUCCAAGCGGCGAAGCAGGCCAAGCUCAGCAACCACCUGCAGCUCCUGCUCAACCAGUCGCAGUCUAAACGCAGACCCCUCGCCCUGCACAACCACCGCCCGCUGCCCAUCAAGUCGCUCGUGCCCAAGUUCGAGGAGUCCUUCAAUCCGGACCGCCACUACGAUCCCGACCGCCAGCGCGCAGACACGGCGCGCCUUAAGAAGGAGUACAAGCGCGAGAAGAAGGGCGCUAUCAGAGAGCUUCGCAAGGAUGCCAACUUCCUCGCCAGAGAGCAGCUGCGCGAGAAGAAGGAGAAGGACCGUGCAUAUGAGGAGAAAUACCGCAGGCUUGUGGCGGAGAUUCAGGGCGAGGAGGGCAGGGAGGCCAAGGAGUACGAGCGGGAGAAGAGACGGAGGAAGCGUGGCUAUUAGAAUUCUCUCGCAUUUGCUUCUCUGCUUAUCUGCCUCAUUAUAGACUGUACAUCUUGAAGAAAAAAAAAAAAAAA